CCUCGAAGAAGCCGCAAGUUAUUGGUUUUAUCAUAAUCGACUCGGCUGAGCUACAAGAGCAAACUAGGUCGUUCAUGGACUUCGUAUUCGCCAAUCAGGAUUCAUCGGGCUGGAUCGGACCUGAAGUCUUCGAUCUCACCAAGCCUCGCUAUCUUUGGGGAAGAUACCUAUUCCUAUUCGGCGUGAUCCAGUUGAUCGAAUAUGACCCAUCCAUUGCCGAUAGUGCCAUCCCUCAGAUUUGGAAGUUCGUUGAGCUCGCGCACACAAUGUUGCAAAACAACGAAGGGAUGGACAUUUGGGGCCAGACGCGGUGGGGCGACUUCGUGAUGGUGCUCGAGUGGCUGUAUGAGCACUACCCCAACGACAACGAGGAUCUGCUCGUUGACACCAUGUCCCUACUUAAGGCGAACGGUACCAGAUGGGACGAGGUGCUCUCUCAGUCGGUCUUCCCCACGGUGGCAGUCGAGAACUUGCCGAAUCCGUUCAAUAACCCACUCGUAUGGCAUGGCGUGAAUAUGGCUGAGGGCUUGAAGUCCGGAGCGGCGGCAUACCGUUAUACGCACAACGAGACUUUGUUGGAUCUCAUGAGCAACGGAUGGGACCUGCUCUUCGAAUACCAUGGACGUCCGUCGGGUAUCUUCGCAGCUGACGAGCACCUCGCUGGUUUACAAGCUAUACGAGGCACUGAACUUUGCGUCAUAGUGGAAACCAUGUUUACCGGAUCCUACCUCUUCCAAGUCAGCGGCGAUACCAAAUUCGCUGACCGAGCCGAACGGAUUGCAUAUAAUGCUCUUCCCGCCCAACUGACUGGAACGAUGUGGUCGCGGCAGUAUCUGCAAGAGCAAAACCAAGUUGCUGCUCGAAACAUGACCGACAACCCCUUCCCCUCGGACGGUCCUUACUCCAACGUGUUUGGACUUGAGCCCAACUAUCCCUGCUGCACUGUCAAUCACCCUCAAGGCUACCCCAAGUUUGUCACGAAUGCGUUCGUUACGACACCUGACAAGUCUUCGCUUGUUCACGUCUAUCUGGGACCGUUUGCAACUCAAACUACACUCGCGAAUAACAACAACGUUAACGUCUCUGUGGAUACGAUGUACCCGUUCGCGGAUACGCUUACGACUACGAUAAACGCCGACCAGGCGUUCACGUACUACGUACGGGUACCCAGCUGGGUGCCGAAUGCUACGAUUGCAGUCAAUGGAGGAAACCCUGAAGCGGUUUCGCCCCAGAAUGGUUUGCAGUCUAUUCAAGUUGGUGCCGGGACAACCACGUUGGUAAUGGACGUCACACCAGAAAUCACUUUGGAACAACGGCCCGAGAACUCAAUUGCUGUUCAUCGAGGCCCAUUGCACUACGCUUUCGAUAUCUCACGCAACUACACCGUUUUGAAACAAAACGCGAUGCAGCCGCUCGCCGUUGACCUUCAGUUCCUUUAUACGGACACCUGGGAGUACGCCAUCGACCCUGACACCAUCACGUUCAACUACGAUCCUCCCGCCAACGGCACUCUACCAUCACCCAUCUACGACCAUGAGCUGCCCCCAAUGAGCAUGACCGUCACAGCGUGCCAGAUCACGUGGGGACUCGGCGGUGAGACAUUUGCUGACAGCCCACCGGAGAAUGCAACGUGCUCAGGGAGCCCCAUGAACAUUACGCUCUGGCCGUAUGGAGCGACGAAGCUACGCAUUGGGGAGUUCCCGACGUUCAAGGCGAAUGACUGAAACUUCGAGCCGCCGCCGCAAGUAUGUAGGGCAAAGAAAGGGUUACUAUAAGGUAUAGGUGUACUUGAAGAUGAGUAAGCUUGUAUUGUCGCAAUGUAUUGUGUCAUUGCCCC